CGCCAUCACGACACAAAAUGAGACUCGCGACCGUCUGGGGCUCAGGCACCGCCGUUGGAAAGACGCUGGUGUCCGCCGGCCUGAUGCGUGCCGCUGCGGCUCGCAGCCUGCCGUCGCUUUUCCUCAAGCCCGUGCAGACUGGCGUGCCUGACUCUGAUGGCGCCUUUGUGGCGAGAGCAGCCGGCUGUCAGCACGUGGUGGGUGAGCAUGCCGCCGCGGCCGGGCUGAGCACGAGCGGACCGUCGCCGUCCGCCGCCUCUGCCACGCCGCCGCCUCAGCGCGCCCUGACACUCUUUGCCUGGCGGCCAGCUGUCUCGCCGCACGUCGCAGUCGAGAGGGAGGGCCGAGGCGUGAGCGACGCGGAGCUUCGCCGCGCCACCGUGGCGGAGAUUGACCGCUUUGCAGCCGCUCUCGCCGCGUCUCCUAUGGCGGACGGCCUACCAGACGCGCUCGCGCUAGUCGAGACGGCGGGAGGCGUCGCGAGCCCGUCGCCGAGCCGCAGCCUGCAGUGUGAUGCACUGCCGACGGCGCUGCCGACGGCGAAGCUCGCAGAGGCGCCGCGCGCCACCGAGACGCCGCUGCCCGCCCUCCUCGUCGGCGACGCUGCCCUCGGAGGCAUCUCCGCGACCGUCUGCGCCGCCGAGCUCCUUCGCAGCCGCGGUCAUGCGCUGCACGAGGUGGUUCUCUUCGAGCCGGGCGGCGGCGGCGGGCUCGGCAACGCAGAGGCGAUCGGCGCCGCGCUCGGCGUGCGGGUCCGGUCCCUGCCUGCGCCGCCUCCGCUGCCCGAGCCGCUGGACGGGUGGUGGGAGGAGGUCGGCGCCCACUUCGCCGAGCUGCUCGACGGCCUUCCGCGCGCGUGCACGCCGCUGCCCGCCCAGCCGAGGCUGGCGGCGGCGAGCAGCAGCGGAGCGGGGGCGAGCAGCAGCGGAGCGGGGGCGGGCCUUGGCGGCGGCGGCGGCGAGCGGGAGAGCACCGCCAGCGUGCUGCAGAAGGACGCGCGGCGGUUGUGGCACCCGUACACGAGCGCCACGAGGCCGGUGCCGUGCCUUGCGGUCUCUCGCGCGGCGGGCGUGACGCUCACCCUCGAGGGCGGAGAGCAGCUGGUGGACGGGAUGUCGUCGUGGUGGUGCGCGGUGCACGGGCCCGGCGCCCUAGAUGCCACCCCAGAUGUGUCUCCCUUCAGGCACUCCCUGUGGUGGUGCGCACCACCGCACCCCCACCACACGCUCCAUUGCUUCGCGCUCUGGUCAGUGUCUGCGUGGGGCUUGUCUCCCCACCCCGCGUGCGCGCACCGCAGCUACGCCGUCCCGGAGCUCGAUGCGGCGGCGGUCGACCAGAUCGGGUCGAUGUCGCACGUGAUGUUUGGAGGGCUGACGCACCGGCCGGCGGUGCGGCUGGCCGAGCUGCUCGUCGAGGCGACGCCGCAGCCGCUGCAGCGCGUCUUCCUCGCCGACUCGGGCUCGGUCUCUGUCGAGGUGGCGAUCAAGAUGGCGCUGCAGUACUGGCGCGCGCAGGGCGUGGAGGGCCGCUCCCGCCUCCUCACCGUGCGCGGCGGCUACCACGGCGACACGUUUGGCGCGAUGGGCGUCUGCGACCCGGUCCACGGGAUGCACGCGGAGAUGUUCGGCGGCGCGCGGGUAGAGGGAGAGAUAGACAGCGACGCAGAGCAGGAACGCUCCUGGGUUGCUGCCCUCAUCCUCGAGCCGAUCGUGCAGGGCGCGGGCGGGAUGCACUUUUACUCUGCCGAGUACCUGAGGCGGGUGCGGCAGCUGUGCGACGAGCACAACGCAAGGCCACCGGGACUAGGCGCUCUCUUCGCGUGCGACCACGCCGCCAUCUCUCCCGACAUCAUGUGCGUCGGAAAGGCGCUCACCGGAGGGUACAUGACCCUCGGCGCCACCCUCGCCACCGACGAGGUGGCGGAGGGGGCAUCGGGCGGCGAGGGCGCGGAGAGGCCGGUGCCGCUGAUGCACGGCCCAACCUUCAUGGCCAACCCGCUCGCGUGCCGCGUCGCGAGCGCGUCGGUGCAGCUGCUGCUCGACUCGCCGUGGCAGUCUCGCGUCGGCGCCAUCGCGCAGCAGCUCGAGGCGGAGCUGCGCCCGCUCGCCUCCUCGCCCGCCGUGCGAGGCGUGCGCGUGCUCGGCGCGAUCGGCGCGGUCGAGGCGGAGGCGCCGCCGCACCCGCCGGCCCUGCCUAGGACCUGCCCCCGCCCUGUCCUAGGCGUGGUCGAGAUGGAGGAGCCGCUGCACUUGCCGUCGGUGCAGGCCCUCCUCGUGCGGCGCGGCGUCUGGCUGCGCCCCUUUGGCCGCAUGCUCUACACCAUGCCGCCGUUCGUUGUCUCCGAGGCCGAGCUGCGCCGCAUCACGGGCGGGAUGCGGGCCGUCGUCGAGGCCACCGAGAGCGCGCUGCUCGAGAAGGGCGCGCGGCUCGAGUCUGAGGCGCGCACCCACAACACCUUCGAGUAA